CCUCCCGCUCGCAGUACUACGGAGAAACACGCUGAGAGCGAAACGGAAGGUUUCCGGAAGUAUUUUUGGAUCGUUUAAAAUUCUUAUUUUUAAAAUUUGGGAUUUUCGUUCUUGGUGAAAGUUGUUCGUGACUGUUUGAACGAGACCUGUCCGGAAGAAGCGAGACGAUGAAGUGCAUUAUAGGAAUUGGCGGGGUGACUAAUGGUGGUAAAACCACUCUGACAAAUAACUUGAUCAAGACUUUGCCCAACUGCUGUGUCGUGCAUCAAGAUGACUUUUUCAAGAAACCCGAUCAGAUAGAAGUCGGGGAGGACGGCUUUAAACAGUGGGAUGUUAUCACGGCGUUGGAUAUGGAGGCCAUGACCAACACGAUAAACGCCUGGAUUGAGAACCCGGUGAAGUUUGCCAGAUCUCACGGUGUCCCUUUGUCUUCUUCCUCCGAUUUGGCCAACACCGACGAGCAGAUCCACAUCCUGAUUGUGGAGGGCUUCCUGCUCUACAACUACCUGCCCCUGCUGGACGUCUUCGACAAGUGCUACUACAUCUCGAUACCCUACGAGGAGUGCAAGAGGAGAAGAAGUACGAGACAGUACACCGUCCCUGACCCUCCCGGCCUGUUCGAUGGCCACGUGUGGCCCAUGUACCUGAAACACAGGAAACAGAUGGAGGACAGUGGCUUGAAUAUCGUGUACCUCGAUGGCUUGAAAUCCAAACAGGAAAUCUACAGCCAGGUGUAUGAAGACAUUCAGAACAACCUGCUCAAUCGUUUAUAGCAGGAGGACUCGUCUCCACACCUGUACACAAUCUGUAAAUAGACCCAGUGAUUUUUUUUAUUUUUAUUUUAUUUUUUUAUGAAGGUUUUUUUGUAAUAUUCAUUUUUUUGUAAAUGGAUGAAUGAAUGUUAACUUAUCGUUGUCUUUUUAUCAUUUUUCUGAUGAUCAAUGUUUCAGUUAUUUCUGUGAAGGUGAUUGUUGAACUGCUCGUUACCAUUGCAUUAAACAGCUUGUAUUGGACCAUUUAUGUGCCAGCCACAUUCACCUGUCAAUAAAAGCAUUAUUUGCUGUUGAAGGGAACAAA